ACCCUAAAACCUCCCAAAAACCCCAAAAAACCCCAAAAUUCCUCAUUUUUCCCCCCUACAGACACCGCCCCGCCCUCACCCAACGCCACCGAAGAUCCUCCACCCAACGCUGCGCCAAAACCCGAAACGCCCAAAACUCCACCACCAACACCACCAACACCCCAAAACCCCAAAACUCCCCCAAAACCCCAAAAACCCCAAAACCGCCGCGGAAACUUCCGGAAGCUCCACGUUCGCUGCUGCCGAGAUUGCGGCAAACCCUCGAAACGCCGAUGCCGCGAAUGCGGGAAGAGUUUCCGGUUGAUUCCGACGGCGCGAAAACGCCAAAAUCCCUACGGGGAUUGCGGCAAAUCCUUCUUGGCCAAACACCAAAAGGUUGAUGGUGAGGAGAAACCGUACAAAUGCGGCGAUUGCGGCAAAAGAUUCAGUUGGAAUUCGCACCUGGAGCGGCACCGGCGGAUUCACACCGGCGAAAAACCGUACGAGUGCCGGGAAUGCGGGAAAAGCUUCUCGUGGAGUUCGCAUUUAGAUCGGCAUCGCCGAAUUCACGUUGUGGUAGAAUCAAAAUGUGAUGAGUGCGGCAAAAAAUCGCCGAAAAAAAGUCAAAAAAUUGUGAAAAAUCAGAGGGAAUCGGCGGAGAAAUCGCGGAAAUUUGGGGAAUUUGGUGGUGCCGGCAAAGCCUACGCGUGCCGGGAAUGUGGGAAAAGUUUUGCGUGGAGUUCUCACCUGGAUCGGCACCGGCGCAUCCACAUGGGAGAGAAACCGUUCCGGUGCUCCGAGUGCGGCAAAGGAUUCGCGCAAAGCUCCCACCUGGAGCGGCACCGGAAAAUCCACCGGGAGCCGUGCCGGGAAUGCGGCAAAGAGAGGAAAAAAAAGGGGAAAAAUUUGGGGGGGAAACUGAGGCAGAGCGGGGGUUUGGGGGGGGAGAAGUGUGAGGAGUGCGGGAAAAAAUUUGGGGAAAAUUUGGGUGAAAAUUCGGGUGAAAAUUUGGGUGGAAAUUCGAAUUUUUUGGGGGAAAAUUCGGGUGAAAAUUCGAAUUUUUUGCGGGAAAAUUCGGGUGAAAAUUCGGAUUUUUUGGGUGAAAAUUCGGAUUUUUUGGGGAAUUUAAAGGAUCAAAGCACCCAAACCGGUGACAAACCCUUCGAGUGCCCGGAAUGCGGCAAAACCUUCGCCCAAAACUCGGCGCUGGCCAAACACCGGCGAUCACACGACGGCCAAAAACCGCACGAAUGCCGCGAAUGCGGCAAAACCUUCGGCGUCCGCUCCAACCUGGUCAAACACCAACGCACCCACCUGGGCGAGAAACCCUACAAGUGCCAGGAUUGCUCCAAAGGAUUCAUCCAAAAAUCCGACCUCACCAAGCACCGGCGCAUGCACACCGGCGAGAAACCGUACGAGUGCCGGGAAUGCGGGAAACGUUUCAGCGUUUCGUCGAAUUUGAUCAAACACCAACGGAUUCAUCUCGGAGAAAAACCCUUCCAGUGCCCCGAGUGCGGCAAGAGCUUCAUCCAGCGCUCCGAGCUCACCAUCCACCGGCGCGUCCACACCGGCGAGAAACCCUACGGGUGCGGCGAGUGCGGGAAGCGCUUCAGCCGCAGCUCGCACCUCAACCGGCACCGCCGCACCCACGGCAAGGCCGGCGCGGCCGCCGCCUCUUCAUCGUCAUCAUCGUCAUCGUCAUCGUCAUCCUCGUCCUUCUCGUCUUUCUCGCCUUCGUUGUCGUCUUCAUCUUCAUCUUCCUCGGCCUUCCCGGCGUUCCCGGGCUCCUCGGCGCCGUUGGAGCUGCCCUGGGCGUUGGCGUUGCCGGGCCGGGCGUUCCCGGGGUUCCCGGUGGGGAAUUAGUUAAUGAAUUAGUUAAUUAAAGGGGAGUGGUUA